AUGGCCCCUGAGACCAAGCCCAACGCCUCCAAGUCCAAACGACGUCCCAUCGUUCGCCUCGGGAUCUUCCUCAUCUCUCACAGCUUCUUCUUCAGCCUCGUUCUGUCCACCGCCGCCGUUCUGGCUCUUCUGCUCCUUCCGGUCCUCGCCAAGAACACCUACAUCUCCGAGAAUUCGCUCAUGCCAGGCUCGGUGGCUCCUGUGCUUUCCGAUGAGGAGGUUGCGGAGGCGAAUAGAUUGAUAGACGAUUUGACUGCUUUGAAUUCCAAGCCUGUUGGCUCAGCAAUAGGGAGUCGAAGACUGGUAGCACAGUAUAUGUCGAAUUCAGGUGCUGAAGUUAGUUUCCACAAGUUCCACCCUCAGUUGAAUCAGUUUCACCCGCUGCGCUUCUUUUCUAGCCCUGAUUCGGGAAGGAUUGAACAGAACGUUAGUUGUGCAUUGUACGGUGUGAACACUGUUGGAAUUAUAAGAGCACCACGUGGUGAUGGGAAGGAAGCGAUUGUGUUGGUGACUCCUCUUAAUUCAGCAAACGUUAGCAAGAAUGAGGCGUUAUCUUUGGGAAUUGCGUACUCGGUGUUUUCCUUGCUUACCAGAGUUCCUUGGCUGGCCAAGGAUGUGAUAUGGCUCGUUGCGGAUUCCCAAUUUGGAGAGUACGCUGCAGUUUCUGCUUGGCUAAGAGACUAUCACACUCCUGUAUUCAGUGGACGGGGCACAAUAGAUGCAGAAAUGUGUCCUGAAAGCAAUAAUCUGCAUGUUAUGGAAGAGAAGCAUUUUACGGAAAGGAUGACUUAUGAUGGAUUUAAACGGGCUGGCACCAUGGCUGCAGCCCUUGUCAUGAAGGUUGGAGAUCGGGCUUAUCAAUAUGAGGACAGUCUAAGUAUCUAUGCGGAGGCAUCCAAUGGACAGAUGCCAAAUCUUGACCUUAUCAAUACUGUGAAUUAUUUAGCAGUACAUAGGCAAGGUUUGCGGGUAAAGGUGGAAAGAUUGCGGUCUUUUCUUGAUAUGGGAUGGCUUGAGACUUUAGGUGAAAUGUUUGAAUCACUAGGACAUUAUGCUAGAAGCGUAAAUCCCCAGUUGAAAUUUGGUAUCCCAGCUGCAGAGUAUAUUGACGGUAGUGCCACACUUGCAAGUUCAUUGUACUACCAGGCUUUGGGCAUACCCACCGGUCCCCAUGGCGCUUUUCGUGAUUACCAGGUUGAUGCAAUUACUGUGGAAUUUUUGCCUAAAGUUAAUACUUUGGGUAACAGAAGACAAAAUGACUUCCUUCUGCGAAGUGGCAGAUUAAUUGAAGGAGUUGUGCAAUCUGUAAACAACCUUCUAGAAAAGUUUCAUCAGUCAUUUUUCCUAUACCUAUUAACAUCUCCCAGUAAAUUUGUGUCGGUGGGCAUCUACAUGAUUGCUUUUGCACUACUAGUUGCACCGCUCCCCAUGGUGGCUGCUUCUCUCUUUGUAGAUGCCAGUAACUCUGAUGAUAGUCUAAGCACAGAGAAACCUGCUAAUUCGGCCACUGCUGCUGAUUCUGCUCCUUUGGUCACUGCUUCUGAGUCUUCGCCAUUGCUCAGUGCCGCUGAUUCUGGUUCUUUGGCCACUCGUGCUGGUUGCAUCACUCUCAGCUCAUGGAAAUGGCUUUAUGCAGCAAAGAAAUCUUUUGUUGUCUACUUGUGGGGCUCUGUUGUUUCAUUACUCCCGUAUUUCAUCUGUCAAAUACCCAAUUGCACCCCAACAACCAGCUUUAUAAUCUGGGUUUUGCUUUCAGUACUCAGCCUUGUAGUUAUGUACAUGAUUUUGGCUUCUCCAUUUUCUGAUGCUAAUGACUCUCGAUCUCAAAAAGAGUGGGCCAUCCUAAAAUCAGUGACUCUGUCAGCUGCAUUCAUUGGUUUAUGUCUCAUGUCAAUCAUCAACUUCGCUACAGCAGAAAUUGGGGGGUUACUGAUUGUCCCCAUGUGUUUGAUGGCUCAUCCUUUGAACCUUGAUGUUAAAACUAGGAGCCUGAGAACAAUGCUAAGAGCAGCUUGUAAUCUCGUUCUGGGGAUUGUAGGAUUUCCACCAGUGACUUUCAUAGUUCUGAAAGGAGCAUUCGAGGGUUUCGGCAGCGUUAGUGUGGGUGAUUUCUGGUCUUGGGUGGAAUCUCUGUGGGUUUGGAAUAGUGCCACUUACCUAUAUAUUGGUGUGGUUCACCUGCCAUCCUGGGUUUUAUGUAUUCAUAUAUUGUUUCACAACUGUUAACAUGCUGUAAACAACUUUACCAUGAAUUAGAGAAUGGUUAGUCCUGCGACCGAAUCACACG